ACUGUCCAACAGCAUUUUUGGAACAGAAUAGCGACCCUAUAAUUCUGAAAGGGUAUGUUGAGUAGAUCAUUUUUGUAGAAUAAACUUAUGCAUUAUACUAUAUGAAAAAAAUGUUGUAAGUUAAUGUCUGAGAGAAUUCUUAUGGUCAGAGUUGUAUUGUGGAAUUGUAUGAGGAUUAUUUUUGUGGAAGAUCUUAACCCUCUAACUGGUUUCUUUAUGGGUCAAUUUGACCAUUUUUUCGAGAAAAUCAAAAAAUAUCCUUUAAAAAAGAACAUUUAAGGAUUAAAAUAUUCUACGAAAAUGUUUGGCGGAAAAUUUCAGGAGGGGUCACCAAAGACACCAUUGUUGUAAAUAAAGCUCUUUACGAUUGAUAAAAAAAUUACACGCCAACAUAUACAAAGUAGGUGAAAACGUCGUCAAGUUCGGCCGGGCCAAACACUGAGUUCUCGCGUCUAGUCAGCUGUGACUUACAAAUCGGGUGUGAUAAAAUUAAGCAUAAUUGACUUACUAAGCAGUUCAUAUCGGGUGUGAUUUUUACUAAACUUAAUAUAAAAAAAGAACAAUUAAAGCUUAAAUAAGCAUGGCGGAUUCUGUUUGCAAAUUAAGAGAUUGGUUUUGUUUUAUUUGUGGACAUUUUACGCACCUUCAAAGCAGAAGAAAGAUAUUCCCUACAAUUGAAGAACCAUAUUUUCUUUUCUUUGGAAUACGAUUUUUAUGUGAAGCUUGGAUACCAAAAACUGUAUGUACUACUUGCGAAAGUGGUCUUUUGACCUGGUACAAAGGCGGUACUAAGGCGCUGCCAUUUUCUGCGCCUAUUACAUGGAUUGAACCUGAAAAUCACAAAUCAGAUACAUGCUAUUUCUGCGUAAAUUACAAAUUUGGUAGAAGCCAAAGGCACUACGCGAUAAUGACAUACGAAGCAACAAAUAAUGUCAUUUUACCAGAAGUGCGCUGUGAAGGUGUUCCGGUGCCUCAACCGCCUACACAUACAUUUUCGGCCAAUAUGACAUACGCCAAUACAGAAGUAACAGCGGCGGUUGAAAACAUAUCAGAUAUAAGUUACUUGCCUCCUGGUGGUUUAAACAUAUGUCCUAAUUUGAUAGACCAAACUUAUUUUGAAGAUCUUGUAAGAGAUUUAGGACUAACAAAAGAGAAAGCUGAAAUAUUAUGUUCCAGAUUGAAAAACAGGAAUUUGAUAAAAGCCGAUGUAAAAGUUACAUCGCCAAGAAAAAGACACGCCGAUUUGGAAAGUUAUUUUAAAAAAUCAGAAGAACUUGUAUACUUUUGCAGUAUUGAAGAGGUUCUAAAAUAUCUAAAGCUUCCACUGGACUCUUCCGCUUGGCGACUAUUUAUAGAUAGUUCAAAACACAGCUUCAAAGCAGUUUUACUGCACAAUGGAAAUCAGCAUCCAUCAAUACCGGUUGCGUAUUCCACAAAAAAGGAGGAAACAUACGCAAAUAUUUCAAAUCUCUUAAAUAAAAUUGAAUACUAUAAAUAUAAAUGGGAAGUAUGCGCAGACUUCAAAAUGAUUGCAAUAUUGACUGGAAUGCAAACAGGAUACACAAAAUAUAUGUGAUUUUCUCGAAAAAAGGGUCAAAUUGACCCAUAAAGAAACCAGUUAGAGGGUUAAGAUCUUCCACAAAAAUAAUCCUCAUACAAUUCCACAAUACAACUCUGACUAUAAGAAUUCUCUCAGACAUUAACUUACAACAUUUUUUUCAUAUAGUAUAAUGCUCCCUUCGACCAAAAAAUGAAAAUUUUGACCCACUGUAAAAAAAAACUCAGACGUGCUGGACCAUAAGUUUAUUCUACAAAAAUGAUCUACUCAACAUACCCUUUCAGAAUUAUAGGGUCGCAAUUCUGUUCCAUUCAAAAAGUCUUCAUUUGUUGGACAGUG